AUGCCAGCUACGCCAGAUAUUACCGCGGAAUACGUCGCUCACCUGUACUCCACAAGGAAAUCACUCCGAACCGUGACCGUCUACCUUGCCGGCAUCAACAACCACCACCGUGAAGCCGGCAUGAAGUCACCAACAAGUCAUGACAUCGUGAUCCGCGCACUGCUAGGCUACCGACGCUUGGCUCCACCGGGCGCGGACAUACGACAGCCAGUCACACUGGAGACGAUGCGAUACCUGAAAGAUGCUAUCCGUUCCAGUGGCAUGUCCCACUACGAGCAAUCACUGCACUGGGUAACAUUCACGUUCAUGUAUUUCGGCUUCCUGCGCAUCGGAGAAGUGACCUGCCCGAGUACCAACCGCUACGAUCCGCGGCGCACUCUCAUGUCAGCGGAUGUGCAAGACCACGGAAGCCAAAUACUCCUACACCUUAAAGUCACGAAGACCGAUCCAACCGGUCAGGGCCACUCCGUAGCGCUGACGGCGACAGAUCGUUCCGUGUGUCCCGUGCAGGCCUACCGGAAGUACUUGGCUCACGCUCAGUUCAUGCCGACAGCUCGAGCGCGGCCGUGCCUCAUCCAUCAGGACGGCAGAUACCUCACCAGGCGUUCUGUAGAAGCCUGCCUCCAUCGUCUCCUGGAGGGACACCCUGACCAGCUCCGGAUAAACACACAUAGCUUCCGCAUCGGCGCAGCAACCACCGCCGCGCGCAACAACGUGCCAGACCGCGUAAUUCAACGCGCAGGGUGA